AUGGCUCCCAGCUUACAGGAGCUGAUUGCCUUUUUGCUGAAUGAGGUCGCGCUAUGCGGUAACCAAGGUGCGACCUUGCAGGAUGUCUUGAAAAGCAUUGAGAUAUUCUAUCGCAACUCAUCCUGCGAUGGUUCUGGGCGUCAACAGCUCGUGGAUCGCCGUUUUCAAGCCAAAGUCUGGUCAUGGUUGACACGAAAUCCUGAGGUGUCUGUGGGGAUAGGCAAGGAGUGGAAUCACCUCAGCCUCGAUGAACUUGAAAAGCUCGAUCAAUCUAUUCCGCCUCAAAAAGACGCCGAAGGAGAUACUGAACAGGAUCAAGACAAUUCGACAUCGGCUCCCACGAGAAUCCCCAUCUUUGUCUCCAAAGAGAGGGCCUGGUAUGCAGUUGCCGGUCAUGAACCUGAUGACAACAAGCUUCCAGCGUCGGAGUUUUUGUUAUUGUCUAUUAUAGCUGCUCGCAAAUCGGAGGGUAUUCCACAGACCGAAUUGGUCCAAAUUAGUGGCCAAGACAAACGAUCGGUGCCCAAACGAACAGACGCACUGGUCGCGAAAGGAUACAUUGAGAAGCGUGCAGUUCAAGUCAAGGCGGCUCGCACUAGUCUGUUGACUCUUCGUCGAUUUUUGAAUGCACCGAGCGCUCAGCCUAGUGGCGAAAACGCAACUGAGGCAAGGCCAAUGAUUGAUUUCCAUGAUUUUGCCAAUAAGCUGUUUGCGGCUCUCAGGGAUAACAAUGGUACCAUGACACGGAACGAUCUCAAAAAAGUCUUAGGGAUCGAGGAUCUCUGGAGGUCGCGCAUCCUCUCUCGAACUGUUCGCAAGUAUGAAAAGAUUGGAGUGCUGAAGCGAGUGAGGGUGAAGUCGCAGUACGAUAUGAUGCACCCAUGCGUGAUGCUACUAAGAGAACCCACAGCAACGGAUGUUCAAAAAUGGUUCGAAUUCAGCAAAUAUGGUUUUACGAGAGGUGAUGAUGAUCCAGCAGAUUUAGAUGAAGAAAUGGAUCUGGAGGCCGAUGCCACAGAGCAGAUUGUGGACGAGCCAGGAGAAGGCGACAUGCAAGUCAAGAACGAGCGCGUCGUCGAUUCUGGACGCAUUGUACCAGUCUGGACACCCGAUCGCAUGCUGGGCAACCAGCUGUUUGACAUUAUUGACAAAGCCGGCACGUCUGGAAUCACCAAUGAUGUUAUCAAUCGGACUUGCUUUGGGCAUUUCUACAAGCGACCGUCCGAAAAUAUGGUCCAUCGUCUGACCGACUGCUGGCAGAUUUCUCAGCCUCCUCAUCUUCGACACCUUGCAAUUGUCCGGGACUCCGAUGUGCACAAAACCAUCAUCUAUUAUGUUCAUUAUUCGGCGAGGAAUUUUGCCAAGAAGGUUAUGGAGGGGACCGCGUUUUGGGAGGCUGUGGAAUUUCCAGCAAAGAAAAAAAAGUCCAAGACCGAGCUUCCCCCGGUUCAUGCUCCCGCUCAUCUUGACCAAUAUGGGCUUCCCCAUAACAAUAUGCCCGCGGGCAUGAUGAAAAAGGGAAACAUAAGCUUAUUCGAGGGUCUUGCUACCUGCAAACCGAUGGACUACAGUCUCACCCGCAAGGAUCCCAUGGGGGUACUACACCCGGAUGGUUCAUACCGAGUCCAACCCGGUAACACAAUCUCCCUUGAGGGGUUACAGCAAUUACGGGGCAACAAAAAGGGCCGUAGUAGCCGCCCCCCAAAGAAAAUGAAGAAGGAAUCUUCUAUUAUCUCGGCACCUGAUGAGGUCGACGUAGUCAUGGAAGACAAUCUCCCAGUUCUGUCUUGGGGGCAAGGCAGGCGUCAAAAGAAGCGGGAUAAAUAUGAAGGCAUGUCCCAAAAAGAGCGAUUCGAAGCUAUGGGCUGGGAUGAGACAUGGUCUGAGUACAAUGCUCUGGUCAUGGAAAAGCCCAGAGCCGGAGUCUAUGUCACUCCCCAUGGAAAGCGCAGACCUGCGGGAAGAAAACAGGGCCGCCCGAAGGCGAGCCGAAUCGCAGUUUUCAAAUCUUCAAGGCUGUCCUCUUUGCCUUGGUUCAUCAAGGACGACAAUGAUUUGGAUAAUGGGGAUGCGAUGACUCCUGCAGUUACUACAUCCGAAUUUGCUGACACCCCUAGGCUGGUGACUGAGGAACCCGUUUCACGUCAACCCAGUGAGCCAAUUGAGUCUACUCCGAGCCGGCAGAGAGGCAAGCGAGCCUGUCCGAUUGCAGAUGUCCUUGACUCACCAAUUCCAUCGGCAAGCGAUACUGCACUCAAUGGCUCCAAAAGAAGACCUAUAAAGCAAGCUCGCAUUCGUGGGCCUGACGAGAGUGAGGCGCGUCAGGUUGCCUCCAGGUCUCCAGAGCCGAGUAAUGGAUGGGCUGCAGUCGAUUUGAUCCCGGCAGUUACCCAAGGCACCACACCUAUGGCGGGAUCAUCCAAUGGUGCGGAAGCCGAAACACUAUCGCAGAACAACGGCAUCAAAGCUCCAGAGAGAAAUAACACCAUGGAACCUCCUUCCAGAUUGGUCACACCAAAGCCUACCCUCGUGCAUCUUAUCCCUAUGAGCAACACGCCAACGGAGAAGAGCGGAACCCCUAUGAGUGAAGCCUCCAAGACACAUGGCUCAGCUGACCGGGGUGGCUCUAUACCAUUCCUGCGAAGAAAAAUUGUCAUGGAUAUUGUCGAAAAAGCUGGCGGUGCAUACCCUGGUGGCGGUGAGCUCUGGAAUCCAUUCACGACUGCAUGGAUGAAGAUGAACCACAAAGAACGACCAGACAUGCGAACUGUGCGCGCAACGAUCAAAUACCUGGUCGAUUCUGGCAAACUGAUUCAGUUGACCUUUACUGGAAAGGAUUGCAGAGGUACAAUGGUUACAAAAACCAUUUUGAGAAAACCAGACAUGGAUGCAGAGGACCCCUUAGUCUUGAAAAUGAAAACCGAGCUGCUUGCGCAGAACCACAAUCCCAAAGUUGUCUUCUCGCCUCACAUCGAAACGGACCAAAGGAUCUCGCGAAAUGGCGGUAGUUUUGGCCCGACUGGCCAAAAGUUCCAAAAGUUCUCGUUGCCUACUGUAUCUGAUGCUACCGUUCAUCUCCGUUCAAAGCCUGCUUCCGUUCUCGUUCAAGAGAAGAAACGAGGCCUAACGGUACAGAGGAAGCUAAUGAGAAGGUUGGCAAUGGAGGAAGAAAGUGAUUAUUCUGAAGAUGACCUGGACAUGUUUGAGGAUAACUUUGACCCGAGAUUUGGAGUCCAACGACUCAUGAGGUUCCCACCUCAACUGGGCUCUGGGAAUAUGACAUCUCUCUACCGUCCCAUGCCAGGUGGUGAUAUGAUGCCGACUAUGUCUAAAUUCAGAAUCAAAAUGCCGGUUAUCAGGCAGAGACGGCUUCUUACCGGGCUUGAAGCGAUGAAGAUAUUGAUGGACCCAGGACAGAUGCUCCAUGACUCUACACACACAUUUUCCACGGGAUCUAUCAAGCGUCGUUGGGGAGGUAAAGACUCUACAUUUGCAGAUACUAGUGUCACCAGACACUUCAAGUUCGCUGAUGCUGUCCAAGAUCUUACAAACCUGGCACAACAAUCCGAUGACUUGGGUGUAACGACGGAGGCACAAAAAUUCGGGUCGAGAAUUGACAGGAUCUUGGAAUGGGAGCUUGAAAACGACGAGAUGGCUCAUUCGAAACUCGACGAUCAUCUUUUCAUCGUGCAUACUGUCGACGGAAGUUUUGAGGAGUCGCCAAUAAAACGACCAAUUGUCUUUGAUGUCGAUCAGGUUGCACGAUCUACCAAGUCCCGUAGAGCAAACAUAGUCACCAGGGGACUGUAUCACCGUCGUCAACGUCGUCGCAAACACGAAGCCGGCUCACGAACUGUCCCCGGCUUUGAUCGAAAUGGCAAUCCAGUGCAAGUGCGCGUUGCUCCGCGUCGCCGGACAACUUUCAAACCACUUCCUGAGGGAGUUGUCCGGAAAUACAUGGUCGCCAUUACGGCUGUUCGAACACUGGCCGGUGGACUUGAGGGAAAGAUUGUCGAUUGGGACCUUGUUCCUCUUGCUUUUCCUGCCAGCGAGCCAGAUUUCGUUCAACACCACGGUAAAUCGAUCCUCGCCCGGAACCGGAUGGAAAUUCAUAAGAUGCAACGCGAUUUCCAGGAGCGAUUCCUCCGGGCCUACGAGAAAAAACAGGUGCCUCGAAUUGACUACGACAACCUGGCUGGAUACAACUGGCCGGCCGUGGUUGAAUGGGCGACCAUUGAACUCGAAUUCUCUAUAUCUGAAAAGGCUCCUACGCUCCCUGCAACUCGGGAGCAGUUUGACAGCCUGUUCGAGCUCCGCGAAGAACCCGUCACCAUUGCCGAGGAAGUUCACGCCACCACAGGAUCUCUCACCAUCGCCAACAGAAGGCGUCUAAUGGGCCGCGUACCAUUUGUUGUUGAACAACCUCGCUCCACCACCUCAAUCCCCACCAGACAAGACAUCAAGCAGCUCGAAGUCGCCAAGACAUGGGUUCGUGCCAACAUCACCACACCCACAGAUCGAUACAACGCCCCCGCAGCCACCGAAACCCUAGCCCCAUUCGGAGAAUCCCUCCUCUCCGCCGCAACCCAAUACCUAAUGACCGACCGCAUCAUCUGUAACGCCAACCGCGGCCGCGUCACCCCAGGUCGCAACUACAUGCUUCACGACAACUUCCUGCAAACCAUGGAACGCCGCCGCGCCAUCGAUGGCGACCAACUCGCACGCGCAGCAGUCUUCAAAACCACAGUCCUCGAUCCCGCCCUCCAAACCUCAGGAUCCUUCACAAUUAACUACCACGCCGGAGAUGGCGACGCCCUAGCCGUAGACGAACUACUCGCGAAUCACUACAUCGAACUAAUCCCGCGCGACCUCCCGCGCGAGAAAUUCGGUCUGGUGGACGGCGGCGCAUACCUCACUCGACAAAUGGACAAAAACCGACUACGCUUCGAGAUGGAAGUCCGUCCCUUACCGGCAUAUGUAUAUGGAAACCCAAUCUACGAUAUCGUGAAGGGCACUUCCCCUCCACUUCCACCCGCAUCGGGACAUUUGCCGCUCUGGUUCGAUAUCCAUGGCUGUUUGAUGCGUGAUUGGUGGCAUAAAUCUAUUGCGGCGGUGCUAGGGUGUCUUGUUCUGAGGCCUGGGGUGUCGAUUGAGAGUAUUGCUGUUAUGGUUAAGCCGGGUUUGAUGAAGUGGGAGAUUGAGCUUUUGCUGGAAUGGUUGUUGAAGGUGAAUCUUGUAGAGAAGUCGGGUGAUCCGACCCGGCCUUGUUGGAGUGUGAAGGAGUGGUGGUGGAUGGCUUUGGGUGAAAUUGCCCAGUCAGAAUGA